CGACUUCCGGCCACGUUAAAAUAGCUUGUUUGCGGGAGAAACCUUCGCCGGGGAGCUCUCGUGAAGAAGGGACCGACGACGUCGUCGAAAGGGUGGAAAGUGCACUUCUUCGCUCGACGAGGAUCUUUAAAUGCGCGCCGAUCAGCUGUGACAGGAGAGUGAACUGACUGACGUAAGGAUGGAUUGCUGGUCGGCCUGGCUGUUGCUCGCCUCCUUGCUCGGCACGCUCUUGCUCACGGGUGGCGUCGAGUUAACCUUCGAGCUGGCCGACAACGCCAAGGAGUGCUUCUACCAGGAGAUCGAGAAGAACGUCUCGUCCACGUUAGAGUUUCAAGUGGUUACAGGUGGCCAAUACGAUGUAGACGUAACUUUAGAGGCUCCAAAUAAAGAGAUCAUCUAUAAGCAAGUGAAGACACAAUUUGAUUCACACGUCUUUAUACCGACUAUGUCUGGAGUGUACAAGGCCUGCUUCAGUAAUGAGUUCUCUACAUUCUCACAUAAGCUUGUGUAUAUGGAUUUCCAAGUUGGCGAUGAUGUGCCACUUCCUGGUCUUGGAGAACAUGUUACAGUAAUGACUCAGAUGGAGUCUUCCGCGCAGGAAGUGCACAAGAAUCUAAUCAACAUCUUGGACUAUCAGACGCAUCAUCGUCUACGUGAAGCGCAAGGUCGCAAACGUGCAGAAGAACUCAAUGAACAAGUGCUUUGGUGGUCGGUAAUGGAGACAUGUUGUAUUCUGGUUAUCUCCGUGGGGCAGGUAUUACUUGUGAAGAACUUCUUUACGGAUCGUACGGGUCGUCAAAGUUAUUAGUGUGAUUGCGAGGUAACGAAAAAGAGGAGAAACUCGUUCACGAUCGAGGUAGACGAUCAUCGAUCGAAUCGUCCUCGUGACGUUUUUUUUUCUAUGAUCGGUCAAAGUGCCAUCGUAAUGUUCGCCGGUAAUAUGUCAAACCUGCAUGUUCUCUCAGCGGAACAUUCAAUCGUGAACUUGUCCGAAUCUUUUGCUGAGAGGAUCCGCGAUCAGAAUCCAAAGAGCUGGUGAGAAGCACAAGGUGAUCUACAUCCUCACGCGAAUCGUGAACAUAUGUAUCGUUUAUGGAUACUAAUUUAUGCCGAGGUCAAGGACAUCGGCAACGGGUGCUGAUACAACUCGGAGCGAUCAGAAGGGAUAAGUGCAAGCAAUAGAAUUCUUACACAUCCCCCUUCCGAUGGACACUUUCAAGUUGUAUUUAUAUUGGCAGAGACAGUAUAAUAAUAGGAUAUUGAGGGGGACAUGGACAUCAUGUUUUUCUUACUGUGAAUGUGUAACAUAAUAAAUUAAAAGAUACUUGUGUGUAUUACGUUUGUAUCGUCCAGCGAUCUGAUUAA